AUGGCCGUAUCGAAAGCUAUCGUUAAAUGUGUACUUUCCGGAGAUACGCUAAUUAUUCGUGGUAAACCUACCGGAAACCAACCUCCACGAGAAAAGCAAAUUAGUCUGGCUUAUAUCCAGGCCCCGAGGAUGGGAAGCCAGAAAAAAGAUGAUGAAAUCGUGGGUAAAGAAAUUACAUUUCGCAUAGACUAUACUGUUCCUACUACCAAUAGAGAAUAUGGGUCUGUGUUUUUGGGGAGUGAAAACAUCACCCAAUUGAUUGUAAGAGAGGGAUGGGCAAAAGUUAGAGAAGAUGGACGCAAGAAUAAGGAUGAUAGUAGGGGUGAAGAAGUGGAUAAUCUUGUUGCGCUGGAAUCUGCUGCGCAAGCUGCAGGUAAAGGAAUAUGGGGAGAUAAAGACAAGUAUUCUCGCAUUGUCAAUUAUAUCUUACAAGAGGAUGCUCGAACGUAUUUGAGCAAAUAUAAAGGUUUAAAAAUUGAUGUACGAGAUGGGUCUAGUCUUCGCGUCUUAUUAAUUCCUCCAGCACCUGCGCCCCAACAAUAUCUAAAUAUAAACAUAUCCGGGAUAAAAGCCCCUACUGUACGGAAGGACAUUCCAGAUGUAGAAGAUCUCGUGGAGCCUUAUGGUGAAGAGGCGAAAUAUUUCGUUGAAUCAAGAUUGUUACAAAGGAAUGUAAAGGUGAUACUAGAGGGGCUGUCUGGAAACAACCAAGCCUUCAAUGCAACCAUUUUACAUCCUGCAGGAAAUAUUGCAGAAUCUCUUGUAGCUGUAGGGUUGGCCAAAGUUGCAGAUUGGAGUAUUACCGUAGUUACAGAUGGUCCAAUUAAAUUGCGCGAAGCCGAAAAGAAAGCCAAAGAAAAGAGACUACGUCUUUGGCAAGACCACGUUGUCAGAAGUAAAGCUGGAGGCGACGAUCAUGAGUUUGAAGGCACUGUGCAUCGCUCUAGUUGUUAUGACCAACUUUUAAUGGCCGACCAAAAGUAUGCAAGUAUUGCUUCUCGUCAAUUUUUACAUUCUUUGCAACGAUAUGGUCGCGUUCCCGGUGUUGUCGACUUUGUAAACAACGGAUCAAGAUUUAAGAUUUAUAUCCCUAAAGAAAGUUAUAAACUAACGUUUGUACUUAGUGGCAUACGCUGUCCUCGACCUGGUCGUUCUCCUGCAGAUAAAUCUGAGCCAUUUGCUGUUGAAGCACUUGAAUUUGCGACACGUAAAGUAUUACAACGCGAUGUUGAGAUAGAGGUGGAAAAUGUUGAUAAAGUAGGCGGAUUUAUAGGUUCAUUAUGGUUAAACAAGACAGAAAAUUUUGCAAUAUUGCUACUUCAAGAGGGUCUUGCAACUAUUCAUUCAUUCAGUGCUGAUCAAAGCCCUUACUCUAGAGAACUAUAUGCUGCUGAGCAAAUUGCCAAAGACGAGAAAAAAAAUGUCGAUGACGCAGUAACUGCCGAUGAAGCUGAAGCCCGCAAAGAAUAUGUGGAUGUUGUAGUUUCAGAAAUCAUUUCAGGAGGGCAUUUUUAUGUUCAAGUUGUCAACGAUAGCAACAUUCGUAGUUUGGAAAAGAUGAUGUCUGAAUUUGGAUUUUAUCAUAAAAGCACUACCGCAAUAUCUAAUGUUGAUAAGAUAAAAGCAGGACAAAUAGUUAGUGCUCAAUUUACUGAGGAUGACCAAUGGUAUCGUGCUAGAAUAAGAAAAAAUAUUCCAGAAAAAGAGAGCGUAGAAGUUGUAUACAUUGAUUAUGGAAACUCAGAAACUAUUCCGUUAUCCCGAAUUCGAUCGAUUCCUGAUAAUUUUAAGCAAUUACCUCCACAUGCAUGCGAGGCAGUGCUCUCUUUUUUGAAAGUACCAGACCGCGAGGCUGACUAUGGUGGCGAAGCCUACGAAAGACUACGAGACUUUGUUGGUUCCAAACAGCUUGUUGCAAAUAUCGAUCAUCGAGAUAAUAAUGUACUCCAUCUUACUUUAUAUGAUCCAGCACAAUCCGAAUCGUCCGAUGCGUCAAUCAAUGCUGAAAUGGUUCGUGAUGGAUUAGCAUUGGUAAAUAAUAAAUUGGGAUAUAAUAAAAAAUAUCUGAAUAUGGUUAAGAAAUUGCUUGAGGUACAGGAACAGGCGAAAAAGGAUAGGGUGGGAAUGUUCGAAUAUGGUGACGUUACUGCUGAUGAUGACGAAAGAGAUUAUUAA